AUGAUUGGUAUCAAAGUCAUUUUCUCGGCUAUCUUUUCACUGGCAGCCAUUCUUGUUUCCAAUACCAAAACUCCAGCAUUGAUUAUCUUCAUCUGGAAUCUACUCGCUAUCAUACCGCUAUCAGUCACACUUACUGAAGCCACUGAGAGGAUUUCCAAAGACUUGGGUGAAACCGCCGGUGCAUUGCUCAACAUCACUGUUGGCAAUCUAGCAGAGCUUAUUAUCUUCAUCACCGCUUUGCUCAAGAACAGAAUCAAAGUUGUUCAAUCAUCACUCCUUGGCUCUAUACUUGUGAACCUCCUUUUCGUUCUCGGUUCCGCGAUAAUUGCAGGCUCUCUCUCCUCGCGUGACCUGUCGUACAACACCGACUUGACACAUUCAUUUGUGGGCCUUCUUAAUCUCACAAUAUGUUGCAUCAUGAUCCCAAGUGCUUUCUAUGGAAUUGAGAUGGAUGCCACAUCCGCUGAUCGUAUGUCGUUAGAGUUCAGCAGAGCGGUAUCGUUCAUUCUCCUGGGCAUCUACUUCCUGUAUCUCUUGUUCCAAUUCAAAUCUCAUCCUGAGCUCUUUUGGCCCACGCGGCAGCCUGUCUCAAAGCCGGAAAAUGUGAUAGUUGCAAGCACGACGGGUCGAAUGUCUGCAGAUCUUGAAUCACAACCUGCACGUUUCGAAACCCCAAGCAGAGACCUCUCCCAACCAGAGAUGCAGCAGCUGGAGCUUCCCACUGAUCCUCAAACAUCUCCGGUUUGUAUACAGCCCGAAUCGGCAUUACCACUGAUUCAAAUCGAGCCCUCACAGAGAGCCGAGAGAACACCCAGAGCACACAACCAGGCUCCCAAACACAACCCGAGAUGCGGUUGCGAGUAUUACACAGUUUUAGCAAACCGCGCGCUAUCAUGCGCACUCCUCAUCAUGUCGACCACUCUGAUCGCCAUAUGCGCUGAAUACUUCGCUUCCAGCUUCGCAGUGCUGAACGAGCAGGGAAUCCUCGGCGAGUCCUUCGUCGGGCUAAUCAUCAUUCCUAUCGCGGGUAAUGUUGCUGAAAACGUUACAGCCGUGGUCGUCGCUGCGAAAGGCCAAAUGGACCUCGCCAUUAGCGUUGCUUUGGGAUCGGCUAUUCAAAUCGGUCUUUUAGUUUCACCUCUCCUUGUUCUGGUCGGUUGGGCACUUGAUAAACCUAUGAAUUUGCACUUCGAUCGCUUUGAGGUGGUAGCAUUAGUUGGUGCUGUUCUUUUGGUUAAUUUUAUUGUUUUGAAAGGCAAAACCAAUUAUUUAGAAGGGUCUAUUUUGUGUGCUUGUUUCGCGGCUGUUUCUGUUGGGGCGUUUUUGUUGCCCAAGUGA